UCCUCGCGUGUCAGUCGACGUCGAGUUUACAAGCGCAUAGCUCUCUCGCGCACUGUUGUACCACGCGCUGAACAGUCACGUGUUUUUUUCAUUACGGAUCAUUGAACGAUUUCUAGGGCUUAAAUUGAGACAACAGUCGCGAUGGGGGCUCAUGCGAUAUUUCUAUGCGCGUGGUUGACUCUAGCAACGGCUACAUUAGAAGUUGUGAACCAAUGGAGUCUACUACAGUUCGAUUUCCCGCCUGAUCCAGUCCUAUUGGAGAAAUUUCAACCCGAAAACACAGUUCCCACAGGUUUAGAGAUUGGAUGGGACAAAAUUUACUUGGGUAUUCCGCGUCUGAGGGCAGGAGUUCCAGCUACAAUGGCUUGGGUACCACGUAGUCUACCGCCAGGCGUCAGUCCCGUACUCCAGGCAUAUCCUGACUGGUCUUGGCACACCGCAGGACGCGGUGACAUCAAUUGCACUGGAUUGGUGUCCGUGUAUCGCAUACGAGCUGAUCGAUGCAACCGGCUUUGGGUUCUAGACGCUGGAGUCAUCACCAGCAUCGAUGACUUCCGAAGAGUCUGCCCGCCUAAGAUUCUCAUCUUUGACAUGGCUACGGACCGUUUGGUACGAAGCGUGUAUUUUCCGCGGGAGCUUUUGCGUCCAGCUUCUCUGUUGACCAAUAUUGUAUUGGAUGAUACGAGAACACCUUCCUCCCGCCUAUCCAACUGCGAUAAUAUAUUUGCGUAUAUCACAGAUACUGUCGCUCCAGCUAUCAUUGUGUACGACGGGCACCGCGAUAACGCGUGGCGUGUCACCCACGCCUCUAUGUAUCCAGACCCCGAUUUAGGCGAGUACGACAUUGGUGGGGAGCGAUUCACCCUUAUGGACGGCAUCGUGGGACUUGGCCACUCGCCUACGCAAGGGCUGCUCUACUAUCAACCAUUAGCUACUGACAGAUUGUUCAGCGUAUCUACAGCGGUACUAGCAGCGGGCCCACCAGCUGAAGGGACAGACUUGCCGGUUAAUCUCGUAGGCCGAAAAUCUUCACAGGGCCUCGGUCUUGCGGUUGACCCACGUGACGACACGAUCAUCUUCAGCCCCAUAACUGAAACUGCUAUUGCUGCCUGGAAUCCACUCACUAAUUCUCACAAAUUGUUGGCAAUGGACGCGGAGAAGCUGCAGUUUUGCGCAGAAGUUCGAUGGGCGGAACGCGACCACGGCUCCGUGUGGGCGCUCUCCACUCGCUUCCACAAGUUUUUCCGAAGAACUGUUAACAAGAAUGAGAUAAAUGUGCGUAUAUUGCGCAUACCAGAAAAUGGAUUUCCAUCGUUACAACCACACUUACUACGCCGAUCGGCGAGAUUGGCGAACUCCACCGUACAUUGAACAACUUUAUAUUCAUCAGCUAUACAACUAAAGGUUUAUUUGUACAAAGACAAAACGUGAAUAUAAUAUAAAUUUAACCCUGCCGUCAACUAUCCAAAUUCGCAUAUUUAAUUGGCAAAACAUUCUUAACUUUCCGUUUGUAAAAUACAAACUUUGCUUCACUGUCGCCUGUGAAGUAGAUGCAAAGUAUCUACUAUAUUUACCUAAUUUGCAUCUGCUAUAUAUUGUCGCCUUUUUGAGUUAGUCGUAAACAUUUGUAGAUGGUUUUCAGCUCAUCUUCAACAUGAAAUUUAAGAAUUUAAUAUUUGUAGGCAUUUUUUUCUAAUACUUGAACCUUCAUAAACACUUUUUCUUAGCCGAGAUCCGAUCCCAGUGAACAAAAUAAAUACCUAUAAGGUACCAUUAUUUUUGUAAAACUUAUUUGUUAUUUUAAUAUUUUAUUUAAUAAAAUGUUGCAAUAUAACAAUAAAAUGUUACAAUGAAAUUUAACAAUGCCAAUAUUUUUAAGUAGUCUAUAUUUAUUUACCUGUGUUCAUUUAAAUAUGAUUUCAAUAGUACUUAGUGAAUAAGUUGAAUUUGUUACUAAUGCCUAUUACCAAAACAUUUAAGUGUUUUUGUAUAUAUUGAUACUCGUUUCCUUCCUAAUUAUGAUCUGAUAAUAAGGUUUAAACGUUUUAAAAUAACAUAUUUUAAAGAUAUGUACAUGAAAAUUAAGUGAAUUAUUUUUUUUGAAAUGAUUGUUUAGUUGAAAAACAUUUAUAUUUGAAUUUGUAAAAAUUUAUGCUUAUCUAUGUUAAGAAAAAAUAAAAAUAUUGUAUUAUUUUGAGUUACCAUAAUGAGUUUACUAGGAUAUUAUUAUGCAAAAAAAACUAUGUCUGAAAUAUUCGAUAUCGAAGUAGUCAAAUUGAUCGCUUGGAUGGCGACUAAAUUGUGCCAUACGGCUAUAUACUCGUAGACUAUUAUUUGUAUUGCAUCGGUGAUUGUAAAAUUAGAUUUACCCAGUUUCAUUGAAAAAUAAAAUAAUCGAGUAAAAAAUACUUUAGGGUUCUUGUACCUACGUAAGAUUUGAACAUACCUAUUAAGUAUAUCUUUGUUAAGCUUAACCAAUAUAAAUCUAGAUAAAGGUAUUUUGUAAAAUUUUAUUCUUAUAGAUAGGUAAAAAUUGAUUAACAUUUUUUAUUAAGCCCAAUUCACCUAGCUGUGUAUAAAAUGCUUUUGAUCUCCGUAUCUUAUAACGAUUCUAUUUCCGAUUCGAUUGAAAUCAGUGUCAGUGUAGAUAUUUUGGCCUUUGCAUUGCGAUACAACUGUUUUUAUACAGUAGAUUUGCCAAUAAUAUGUCAGAGUAUGGAUGCGGAAGGAUGUGAACAAAUUCAUACAAAAACUACAUAAACAAUUUUAGACGUCUCUAACGAACACCAAUUCCGAUGUCCUGCCAUCUGAUUGUUAAUACUGAUAACACAAAAAUGAUACAACAGACUAAACCACAAAAUACUCAUAGCUACUAUGCAAUAUGCAAAGUAGUAGCUCCACUGCACUGGAAACCGAAUUUUAUUUAUGUUUCUAUCAUCAAGAUGACUAAGUUCAUAACUGCAUCGCCUUUGUUUUUCACUUCCCUUAAUGUUUUUUACUUCACUCUUCUUUUAUGCAUAUUAGGUAUAUUGCGCAUUGUCCGUUCUGUCUAUUUUAUUUGAGUUUAUGUUUUAGUUUCAUUUAUACAUAUUCAUGUUAAAAAACCUAUAUCUUUUAUUAGUUAUAAUAAGAUGAUUGUCUGAAUUAUCUGAUAAUUGAAUUUUUUGUGUGGUGACCGUGUAAAAAUGAACUAUAAUUUAUAUUACUACUAUUUUGUAUCCUACCAAUAUUAUAAAAGACGAUUAGAAAAAUACCUAAAUAUACACUAUCCAGAAAAGGUAAGAGAAGAAAAAACGAUGUAAAAUCAUACCGCAAAGCCGGGGUGGUAGAAAGAGGUUAAAUAGGUAAAAUACCUAUGAAAUAUCAUAUGAAAAAGAUAUAUUUCCAAGAAACAUUAUUUCUGUUUUUGCUACCUCUCAGCUACAUGUGCGUUAUGUUGUGUUUAUACUUAAAUAUUUAAACAGAUAUUUGUACUAGCCAGACUUUUUUUAAUUUGUACGUAAUUAACAUCUACCUACAAUUAACAUUCAAAAUAAUAAUAUGAAAUGUCAGUUAUAGAUUACGUAUCUGGUGCCAUGUAUGGGCAUUAGUUUGUUUAUUCAGUAAAAUGUAUAAAAUAAAUUGUAUUUUAUUAGAAAAAGUCACAAUAUUUUAGAAAUUAUGGAAGUUUCACCCGGUGACGGUAGGGAACGCAACACUCGUGGCAUCAUAGCACAUCGUAACUGGUUUAAGAAAUAAUUUAAUUUUAAGGAUGUAUUUAUAAGUGACGUAUUCGUAUAUUUAUAAUAAAAUAUUAAAAAAAAUAUUCUGUGAUCUAUUGUUU